UGCCUUUACUCUCUGAUUCGAUCCAUCUAUUUUCUCUUUUCUUCUUCUUCGUCUUCUUCUUUUGUUUCUCCUUCCCCUCUUCUCUUGUCUUCCCUUCUCUUCUCCUCCUCCUCACUCCCCUCCUCCCUUGUUCCUUGUUUCCUUCGCUGCUUCGAUUUAGAAAGAUGCACAUUUUAGUCCUUGCCUUCUUUCCACUCUCCUUCCGGACGUGCUCGCGGCGUGUCGUUAACUAGGACUUGGUUUUUAUAAAUCAAACAGAUGGUUGGCAGAUGGUCUUUUAGGAUCACCGUCAUGGCGAUAUCAACUGUCAGUUCACGUGCAUAUUCGCCUUCGGAUUCUAUCCAUCCAGAGGGCCUAGCAGGACUUGUUCCUGUCAGCCAUAAUAACGGAUGGCAUGGAUAUGGGCUCUUUAUAUUGUUACCAUUUAACUUCAAUUAAAUCACACCUUGGUAGGUCGAUAUCGUUCGCUACCUGAUUCGUGCCUCUGUUUACAUCAUGCAAUCCUGUCAUAAAAUUUCUGUGCACAUUCAUGCAGCGAUUGAUUGACUCUUUCCCGAUGCCAUUUUUCAUGUCUUGUUACGUACCUGGUUGAGCAGCACUAUGCAACCGCAUAGCUUCAAAGCUUUCCCUUAGCAUCCUGCGUUUUUUCCUUGGAAUGUGGAUUGAUGAUGGGAUAAUAUGGUUUCCUGGCGGAAUCUUUUCAACUUUAUGUGCUAAGUAUAAUGAUAACAUCAGAAAGAAAGAAUUGAAGAAAUCAUGGCCGACCAUACAUUCGUGUGUAUUUGUGUGUGCUUUAAUCUCUAGAUUCAUUACAUAGAUAGAAUAGACCAUGCACCAGCAGCCUCAAAAGUUGUUAAUGUUUCACCUUAAGCUCUUGAUUAUUCAAAGCCACUAAGUUGCCAAAGUUUUCCUUUUUGGCCAAAACCUUGUUUGUCAUGUCAUGCUUGCGGCAGAAUGGAUGUUGUUAAUGGCCUUCUUGCUCCUGGCUUCUAUUCUCGGUUGGUUAUUUACUGUGUUGCUUAAACUAUUUCUAUUUGCAAUCAUUUUGUUUUUCUGGCUGUCAAUAAUGAGGUCCUUCUCAUUUAACCUAUCACAUUUUCUUUGUAUUACGUUUUUGGCAAUCCACUCCCUUGGAUCGCCAAAGGAUAGGUAAUCAUCUCAUUUCAUACAUCAUUAGAUACCUGCCUAUUAUUCGAAGAAUAAUCACAUUACAUUGUUAAGUAGUUUAUUGAGGUGCAUAGAUAUGUCCGGUGUGUGCGAGGCUUGUCCGAAUUCCGAAAUAAUCAGUAACAAAGAAAUGAAUUGAAGUCUUAGUUUUCAGGGUGUCCUCUUGCUUCUCGAUUUGCCUUGGCUAACUGUGUUAGUAAUUCUUGAUUCUUUUGUUGUGAGCCGGAUUGGGCGUUUGCCCAAUUCUUUCCUUGAAAAAAGAAAUGAUUGAAAAUCUGCUGAUUUUAACUAAAUAAGAUAAACAGAGAGAGUGACAGGCAUCGUGGCUUGUGGUGAAGAGUUGGGGGUCUUCUUCUCUUUAUUUUUGAAGCUUUUCUUGGCCCUUGAAUUCCCCAGCAUCUUCUCUCACGAGUACGUUACACAGGCAUAGCUCUGUGACAUUGUUGUUUGUUUUUCCCCUUCUUCGUUUCAAUUAUCAUUGGAUUUCUUUUAUCCAUCCAUCUAUCUAGCUCAAGGGAGGAUUGAUGGGAGACUUUUUAUGAGGGCUUGUGGAAUUUCUCCAUUCAUGAAUGAAUUCCCACUUCCAUCUGACAUUGGGUUUUGUUGAGCACCACUCGUUUGUUGCUCUGCUUGAACCCCAAAAUCAUGGCUCCCUCAGGUGAAGGUUUACUGUGAACUUUUCUGAGCAGAAUCUUCUUUGUUCUGACGAUGAGUACGAGUGAAGCAGGAGAAGCAGUCGAGCAACAUGGAACAGCUUUGGAUGAGGAGAAAAAGAGAGUUAGAUGCAAAUAUUGUGGGAAGGAUAUCCCUGGUUUUAACCGUCUCAAGCACCAUUUGGGUGCUGUGGGGAGUGAUGUGACAGCAUGCACUGAAGUUCCAGCUGAUGUUAAAGCAUGCAUGAGGGAAGCCCUGCUCGAAAAGAAGAAAGAUAGGCUGCUCAAGGAAGUAGGGGAAAUAUAUCAUCCAGAUCUUCCUUUGAAGAGGAACUUAUCUCCUGCUUCUAGUGAAGUGAGACGCUGCCAAUGGAGACCAACCCAACCAUCUGCUUCAGAGAAGGAAAAAAGUGCUGUGGAUGCCUCAGCAGCGGGUUCUUAUGCAAGUAGUUAUCAUCUCAAACCAUCCCAGCCAACUUACUUGGAGAAAGGAAAGAAAGUUGCAGAGCCUUCUUCAGCAGAUGGUGCAAAUGGAGGCAUUGCAUGCAUGAUACAAGAUAGGCAUACAAUUGUUAAGGAAGAAGUGAAGGAUGAAUCAGUAUUGUUUGUUGAAAAGUGUAUUGGUAGUUUCUUUUAUGAGGCCGGUAUUGAUCUUGCUGGGAUUAAGUUACCUUCUUUUCAGAGAAUGAUUGAUGCUGUCCAGGGCUGCGGAACUAGGUUCAAGGUUCCAGCGUAUGACGAACUUCAGGGAUGGAUCCUCCAGCAGAAAGUGAAUGAAGUUCUUGUGCAUGUGGAAGAUGUUAGGCGUUCUUGGGGACGAACUGGGUGUAGCAUCUUGCUAGAUGGUUGGACUGAUCAAAGGGGCAGAAACUUGCUUCGUUUUCUUGUGGAUUGCCCCCAGGGAACAAUAUUUUUAAGAUCCGUGGAUGCGUCAAAUGCUGUUCGAGAUGCUGAUGCAUUUUUUUUGUUGCUUAGUAAAGUAGUUGAUGAGGUUGGUGCCCUGAAUGUAGUUCAGAUUGUUGCUCAUGAUACAUCAUACUACAUGGAGGCUGUAGGCAAGAAACUAGUAGAAAAGUAUCGGUCUAUAUUCUGGACAUUAUCUGCGGAUCAUUGCAUAAAUAUGAUUUUGGAGAAAAUAGGCAUGAUGGAUCAUGUGAAGAAGGUACUUAUGGAUGCUAAGACCAUCACAAGGUUCAUUUACAGUCAUGCAGUGCCUCUAGAACUGAUGAGAAAGCACAUUCAUGGGAGAGAUCUUGUCAAAUCAUCAGAUUUGAAGUCAGUAGCAUCCUUUAUUACAUUGAAAAACAUGAUGUCUGAGAGAGAAAAUUUAGUUAAUAUGUUUAGUUCGCUGACGUGGUAUGCCUCAAUUUGGGCUUCUAGAACUACGGGCAGACUAAUAGCUGAAUUGGUAAAAGAUCCCUUGUUUUGGGCUGCUGCCGUUGAUAUAUUAAAAAUCACAGAUCCUCUACUUUGUGUCUUGCAUCAGAUCCACCGAAAUGAUGAAGCUCCAAUUGGAUUUAUAUAUGAUGCCAUGGAUCGAGCAAAGGAAGCAAUAAGAAUGAAUCUAGGUGGUGAUGAAGCAAGAUAUUUGCCUUUUUGGUAUCAAAUAGAUAGCAUAUGGGAUGGUUAUCUUCAUAGCCCUGUUCAUUCUGCUGCUUACUUUCUAAAUCCAAAGCUUUUUUAUUCGAGCGAUUUCUUUGUGGAUGCCGAAGUUACUAAUGGACUUCUGCACUGCAUUGUCCGUUUAGUGGAGGACCAGCAUGACCAAGAGCUGGUAGUUCUGCAGCUUGAUGCAUAUAGAGCAGCUUCCGGUGGAUUUGCCGAAGAUACCGCAAUUGACCAAAGAGUAAAAAUUCCACCAGCUUUGUGGUGGUCUCUGUAUGGAGGACAAAGUCCUGAAUUACAAAAACUUGCCAUUAGAAUCCUAAGCCAGACUUGUAGUGGCUCUGCAAAAUACAAGCUUCGAAAAGCCUUAUCCGAGCAGUUGCAUGCAGAGAGAAGGAAUUGUAUCGAGCAACAGAGGUUCCGUGAUUUGGAGUUCGUUCAUAAUAAUCAUCAUCUAUGGCAUUCUCCAUCCAGCAGGGAGCAAUGGAGCUAUAUUUGCCAAGAGGAGCUUAACCCGUCAGAUGAAUGGGUAGUAGAGGGCAACUAACUCCAAACCUGCAUUAACAUCUUUAUCUUUAUCUCCAUCUUUUUGCUGUGCCGUAUGUUGUUACCCAAGUUUACCUAUCCCAGCUUCGGCCUAUGCAUCCCGCAAUCAAAACAUUAGAUGGGCCGUUCUGUGAAAUUGUCGGAUAUUACCUGUCUGAUUCGUCAGGUAAUAUUUGUAUGAUCUUGGCUUCGAGGGUGUGGGUGAAAAGAAACAGUCUUCGAUGUUUA